AUGACUACUCAAUUUCCAAAAGAUUCUAUAAUUGAUGAUUUAAAAUCACUUGUAAAAGAACCUGAUGAGACCGUAACAGAAAAUUACAUUGUUGAUUUUUUAAAUUCACGAUUUACAGAAUUAGAAGACUUGGAAAACAUUAAUUCCAUAUUAGAUGUUUUAAACGAUGAACAUCAAGUUUUGAAUGAAAAGUUUACUCAAAUACAUAGUGAAACAUCAGAAACUUUAAAAUACUCUCUUUCCUCGUUUAAUGCCACAGUAACAGAACUUGAAAACCUUCAAUCCACAAGAUUGGAAUUGGGUGAUUGGCUGGCAUCCCAAUUCGAAAUAUUUGAUAAUGGACAUUUUGGUUCAAAAAAAAAAGAUGAUUUGUUGGAUGAAUUAAUCAAACUACAACGUCAAGUUUAUGGAUUAGGAAAAUCCGAAAAAUACAUGAAAAUAUUGGUAAUAGCUGAUGAAUUGAGCAAUCAAGCAAAACAAUUGGUCGAAAAGUCUCCACAAAAAGCACUUGUACCUUACACUCAACUUAUGCAACUUGCACAUAAGAUUAAAUAUAAAAAUGAACAAGUGGGUUACUCAAUAAAAAAUUUAGAUGCUUUUUUGCAACAAAGUGUUGAUGCUUUAUGGGAUGAUAUGAAGAGUAGAUUAUCAAAAAAAUUUCAACAAACACUUGAUUCACUUAACUGGCCUACUCCAAUAAAUUUAUUAUCUGAUAAUUCAAUCACCUCUGAUAAUUUAUCAGCAUUUACCAAUGCUUUUACGGAUUUACUUAUAUUACAACAACCAAUUGAGUCAAUGACUGAUUCAAAGUAUUCAGAGCCAGGCUCUUCUUCUUCUAAAGAAAACAGCAACAGUAACAAUAAUAGUAAGGCAGAAGGACUUCCACCUCUUAUACCAAUUCAAAUAAUGGUUGAUCCUUUGAAAGUGAAAUUUAAUUUUCAUUUUAAUUCCAGAAGAGCAACAAAUCGAAUUGAUAAGCCAGAAUGGUACUUUACAUACAUUUUAACUGCUAUCCGUGAACAUUCACCAUUUUUACAAGAAGUUGUUCAACCAAUCUUGGAUAAAGCAAAUUUUCAAAAAUACCAUGCUAAAUUUAUAUGUUCUUUACUUGUUGUAGUUACAAACAAAUUAACUCUUAGUAUGCCCACAUUACUAAAUUCACCACAAGUAUUCUCACACACAGUGUUUGAAACAUUACAACUUGAUCAAACUCUUCGUGAAUUACAUAUGUAUGUUCCACCAGGGAAAAAAGAAUGGAAGGGAUGUGUUGAUGUUUUCACAGGAAAAAAAGAAUGGUUUAAAGCAUGGCUCAAAGUUGAAAAAAGCUUUGCUGAGGCUCGUUAUGAUGAGAUAAUGCAUUCUGAAGAUGCAUGGGAAAUAGAGGAUGAAGAUGGGGCGGAAGAUGAAUUUAAGCCUACAAAGUCUGCAAAAAAAUUGAUGAAUUUAUUGGAAUUAGUUACAAGUCGUUAUAAAUUGUUGCCUUUGUUUCAUAACCGUAUACGAUUUCUUGUUGAUAUUCAAGCUGAAUUAUUAAUAUCGUAUGCACAUAGGAUUGAUUCUGCUGUUGAUGCAUUUGAAAAUUUGGGGUAUUCGUUUGUAAGGGCUGUUCCUAACACUUCUAGCACUGAAGGAAAGUUUACUAGUAGUAUUGAAGGCUUGAAAAGGUUAUGUAGGUGGCUGAAUAGUGCUGGAUACGUAAGCCGAACAAUUAAAGAAUGGGGUGAAGAUGCGUUUUUUCUUGAAUUAUGGCAUGAAGUGACAGUACGUGCAGCACGAGAUACUGGCACAUCUCCAUUAUCCUCGCCAACAUUUCCCGAUG